AUGGAUCAACCAAGAAACACCACGAAGCACUUGCGCUGGCUGAGCUCCGUUCCGUAUCUCCUAGCCAUUAUCUCUUGUCUCAUGCUCAAUUUUGCACCCCUCGUACCAUUUGAGUGGCUCUAUGAUUAUCUUCCGACGGUCGACCCGGACUGCAUCAACCUGGUGCUUCUCCAGUGCUUCGAUGACCUCCAGGAAUCGUUGAUCCUCUUCGUGCAACCGAUGCUCGACACAUCUGUCUCCGUUAUUCUGUCCGACCACCCGGAUCCCGACACGCGAGAGUUGACUUCCAAAUCUGAUUCUCUGACCGCCGUGCUGAAAGUCUGGGCCAUCAAACUCCCCUCACUUACCGUUGCAAUUUUCUCGAUCCUCCCGUAUUCGAUCGAAUCACUCAAGGCCAUUAUUGGCGGCGUUGUUAUCUGUGCUAUCUUGACGCUUGGGUUUGUGCCCGUCGUAAAGAAGACGCAAGACAGGAAGAGGGAACGAGACAAAGCAUUGUAG